UAUCAAGCCACCACCAGAUACAGUACACUCAAUCUCGACAGUCUGAUCCGCGGACAGUGUGUAUUCACGCACCAGAUGGACUGACCGCCGCCAUGUGAACAACACAACCCGCUCUGAUCGCUCCCUAGCCGUUAAACAGAAACUAAGACAUCAUGUCCAAUAAGCGCUCCAGAGCCGCCUUCGAAUCCACUUCCGAUCGUCCACCGCCCCACGCCCCAUACGUCCUCUACGGCACCCCUCUCCCUCCCUACGACCCCAAAGCCAACGAUGACGGCUCCUAUGUCCCCGUCUGGAAGCAAGAAGUCACCGACGAGCAUGGUCGGAAGAGACUCCAUGGCGCCUUCACCGGCGGCUGGAGCGCUGGGUACUUCAACACCGUAGGCAGCAAGGAGGGCUGGACCCCGGCAUCUUUUGUGUCCUCCAGAACAAAUCGCGCCAAAACGUCUGCGGAAGAUGGGGGUGGACAGAAGGCGGAGGAUUUCAUGGACGAGGAGGAUCUCGCCGAGCUGGCCGAGAGUCAGAAGUUGGAGACGCAGGGUACUUUUGCCGGGCUGGGAGGAAACCAUGGUGAUAAGGGCAAGACUGGAGGCAUGUUCGCCGACUUGUUCCGACCGACUGGCGAGACAAUGGGUGUCAAACUAUUGCAGCGCAUGGGCUGGAAGCAAGGCCAAGGGAUAGGGCCAAAGGUCAAGAGAAGGAUCCAAGGCGAUACAAAGGGGGAGAUGCAUCUCUUUGCACCCGAGGACUCCAAAGUGAUUGGCUUUCAUCGAAAGACUGAUCGCAAAGGCCUUGGGUAUGCUGGCGAGGCACGGCUAAAUGCAAAUCACCACAUCUCCAAUGCCGACAGUGAUGAUGAGGAGAAAGAUGCCCGCAUCCUGCACGCAAAUCGUUCCAAAGUACUCACCAAACCUCCCAAGCUGAAAAAGAGCGGCCUGGGUCUUGGCGUCCUGAACGACACUGGAUCGGACGAAGAAGACGAGUACAGCAUCGGGCCGCAGAUCAGCUACAACCGUGUCAUUGGCGGCGACAAACAGAAGAAAAAGAAGGCCGGCCUCGGGGCAAACCCUGCCAACUCCACCCUGCAAAAGCCCGUCAUCACGUCGAAGAAACUCACGCAACGAACAUCUACCUUGAGCGGCUUCCGCAAGUGCCACGACGGCCGUCUGCCCAUUGACGGGUUCAUCCUAUCCCUCGCACCACUCUCCAUCUCCGAAGAGAACAAGCAUGCACCACCCACUCCACCCGAAGGCUGGCAACCUGCAAAGCUCCUCGCAACCCAGCAACCCACCUCAACUACACCCUCCUACCAGUCCACCUCCGACGCCGCCAAAGCCUCAACUCUCGACCCCAAAGCUCGCGCCGCGCUGCUUGGCGAGCAAGCCCUACCAGGCAAAUCCGUCUUCGACUUUCUCUCCCCGGCCGCGCGCGACCGCCUCGCAGCCGCAAGCGGAAAGACCAACCUCCCACCCGCACGAGGCGAAUCCGCCCCAACACCAUCCACCACAUCAACAACCGACCCCGACACAACACCCCGCACCAAAACCCUCUGGGACCUCAUUCCCCCCCUCGACCGCGCCAUCGCCGCCGCAGCGCUCCAAAGAGGCACAACCGGCUGGAUGCCAUACAGCGAAGACGAAGCCAAGCGCGCACGGUACCGCGCCUUCCUCGAGCUACGCGCGGGACUGGAAACGAACCUCCCCCCUCGCCCGAAAACCUUCUCGCUCGACGAAUGGGCAAAAGAAAUGUCUGAAUUUGCGCAAGCGGCGCAGGUCUUCAAGCCUGUGUCGGGACUGAUGGCGAGCCGCUUUACAUCUGCCUCUGCUUCUGCGCCGCGCCUAGCUUCUGAUGCGCCUGAUUCUACUUCCGCUGGUGAUGGAACGAAGGAAGAGGAUCCAGCGGAAAAGGCGGCGAGGAUGGGCAUGUACGGUCCCAUGACGCGAUCGCGGAUUCCCUUUUUCCCGCCUAGACUGCUGUGUAAGCGGUUCAACGUCCGGCCGCCGGCAAAUGUAGGCGUCGAUCCUGGCGGUGAGGGCGGGGAGGGUGGUGGUGCUCGAGUUGGGGAGAAUCGGAGGUUGGAUGUUGUUAGUCAGGCUAGUUUGGAUCGCAUGAUGAGCGAGGCGAGUUUCAAGAGUGGUGGUGCUGCGGGUGGUGGGUUCACUUCUGCGGGUGUGGAGGGUGGAGAGGAUCAGUCGGGGCAGAGGCGGCAGUGGGCGACUGUGGAUGCGGAGAGGAAUGAUGCCCUUGAGGCUUCGAGGGCGGGGGAGGAGGUCUUCAAGGCUGUAUUUGGGAAUGAUGAUGAGACAUAGAAUCCCAAAGCAAGACGAACUGAACGGCACAAUGGUAA